AUGAAGCUGCGAGCGUGGGUGCUGUUUCUGGCGAGCAUCUCCUUUCGGAACGCCCUCGGAGUGCGACAACGAACGCCCAAGGCAAAGAUUGCAUGUGUGGGGGACAGCCUGACGGCUGGCUAUCCCUUCGAUUCGGGACGGGGACCGGAUGCCUCGGUCUCUGGAUAUCCCUACCACUUGCAAGAGCUGCUGGCAGAUGAAGGUUAUGAGGUGCGCAACUUCGGCAAGGGCGAGACGACGGUGGUGAGCGGCAGCAAGAGCUAUCGGAGCGGCUGGUACAACGAGACCUGGCAGGAGGCGCUCCGCUGGAAGCCCGAUCGAGUCUUGCUGAUGUUCGGCGCCAAUGAUGUGAAAGAGAGUCGCCUCAAAAAGUUUGAGAACGAGUUCGAGGACGCUUUUACCCAGCUGAUCCAGUCUUUCUUGGAUCUGGAUCCACCACCGGUCUUGGCGCUUCUCAUUCCCCCACCCAUGUACGACAACAACAUCUAUGGACCCGAAUUCGACCCGCCGGGCCGCGCGGGUGGCAUGCAGCAGAAGGUCUACAACCAGCAACUUCCUUUGAAGCUGCAAGAACUGGCGGAGCGGAUGCAGGUUUCCUUGAUUGAUCUCCAUGAGUGCUUCUUGAAGCAUGAGUCCUGCACUGAUGACGUCGCUGUGAACUGCUGCGACUGGGAGGCGCCCAAGCCGCCGAAGCGGCGCGCUCGGCCCCACGCAGCGGUCCAGCAGUGUGCGGCGCACGAUGAUGCGAUCCACCCCAACGAUGAAGGCUAUCGGAACAUCGCGUUGAUGGUCUCCGACUUUGCCAUGCACGCCGGCCUGGGCCUCCUCAUCGGCGUGCCGCUCGCGGCGAUGCUGGUGCCUCCGGCGAUUGAAGCGGGUGACGUGAUGGCGAGUCAGAUCCUGGCCUGGCGCAGUGAAACUGACAUGGAAACCUCAGAGGCCUUUCAGCUCCUGUUUGACAACAUCUUCCCGAUGGAGUUCGGUGCCAAGCAAGAUUGGCAGAGCGAGGCCAAGUUCAAGAUGCGGAAGCGGAUGCGGGAUUUCCUGCGCUUGAGGUGGUUGAGCCUGACCGUUCUCCUCCUGCUUCUAGGCCUGUUGAUCAUCUACUGCGUGGCCAGUUUGCAGGGCAGCUCCGUCUACACGGCCGAGACGCCGCGGCUGUUCCAGGUGGGCCAUCGCUUAUACGACAAGGCCCGCGUCAGCGGGCUCUUCGAUCCCUUGGAGGACUACCAAGCUCCGAUGCGGGAUGCUUUGCAGGAAGCCAGGCGGUGCUCCCCGACGGCGUCGACGUCGGCGCAAUGUACCUGGUUCAAGUGCGAUGCAGGCCCUUCUGCUGAGUUGCAGGACGACCUCGAGCCUUCGGAGUGCCAAUGCUACACUGUCAAGGGCUCCGGUGCCUGCACCAGUGCGGCAGCGCGGCUCUUUGGUGCCAAGGCUGGAGGCAUUGCUCAGGGCCUCUUCUGGAGCUGGGCCGGAGCAAGGCUGGGGACGGUCUAUUCGAACGCCAGCACUUGGGCCGAGGGGCUCUUGGAGAUCGAGGUCUGGAGCAGUGGAGGCCGUUCCUUGAACCCCGCGGUGCAGAGCACCGUCGAGGCGGCCUCUUGGGAGACGGCGUGUCUGCAGAUCCUCUGCUUUUGUGGCGGCAUGGAGUGUAGGAGCGAAUCCUGGUCUUCGUUGGGGACCUUGGAAUAUGGCACCACCUUUGACUCAGCUUG